UUCCGGGCUCCACCUACUGAAGUUUAGUUGGGUUUUGCAAAUACUAAUAAUUCAGUAACCAGUGAAGACAUGUCUUUAAAAGAGUUUUUAUUAAUCUUCUUCGUCGUUAGUUUUGUGAGAUCAACCUCAGAACGUACCAGUUUCUCAAACAGAUGCACGGAUGAUUUAGAAACUUUCUGGCAAAAGGAUGAGAAUGCUUGUCGACGAUGCGACGAAGUUUUUACGUUACCGCCAGGGCAUGCAUUUUCUCCAAACUGUGGGAUGGAUGAUGCGGGAGGUCAGCAUGUUCCAAUAUAUGUUGCCUGUACUGAUGGCACAUAUUAUGAUGGCAGUACCAGUAAAUGCCAGCCCUGCACAAUUUGCCCAUCUAAUCAGAAGACCUGGAUGCCGUGCAAUGCCACCAUGGAUACACAGUGCUAUGAAAUGGGAGGGACUACUACCAGUGGAGAGACCCACCAAGUGACAACCCAGGAUCCUCAGUGCAGUGGAACCGAGCAGCUGGACCAGACCAAGCGGUCUGAGUCACCAAGUAAUAUCACUGACAUGCUAAACCCGAGCCCGAUGGUGUGGAUUGUCCUUUCUGUCACUUUACUAUUAUGUCUAAUCAGCAUAUACUUAUUCUGUUCAAUGAAGAGGAAAAGAGGAGGAUUACAUGUCAGUAACACUGGUGUGCUUGGAAAAAAACAGUACAUUGAAGUGCGCAGUUUGGAAACGAUGAUAAGUGCAAAUGACAUCAGAUAUCUUCCACCGCACAAGAAGAAGCAACUGUCUGAUAUUCUGGCUCCCGGCAUUAACGGCGCCCCACUUUGGACAGUGCUGGACAACCUGGAUGUGCUAGAGGAGCUGAUCAUGUUGCUGGACCCCGAGUGCACUGCUGCUAAGACCACUCGCCAUGUGGCUGCCCAGUGUUCAUUCUCAGCUACCUGGAUCAACUACAUUUACUCCAUGCGAGACACCAAGAGUCCUUUUAAAACUGUGCUUGAGAGAAUUACAACGGAAUUCCCGGAGUGGACCGUUGGCGACCUUGCGAAGCUGUUUGCGGGCAUUGGCCGCGGCGAUGCAGUGACGGUGCUCGCAAAGCUUCCUGAAUGGAAAGCCGUUUGAGUCUAUAUUGCUAGAAUGCAUGCAGUAAAUACAAUAUAUUUUUGCAUUUCUUGCCGUAUGUCCCAUUUUGAGUGAAAUCUUUCUGGGGAAAGGUUCAUUCUACAAACGUUUCACAGAACUUUAUUAUUUUCUGCCUUAGUGGUGACUCUACAGCAGUGGUUCUCAAACUUUGGGGCACAUCCCCCUCCCUGAGGGUCAUACAGAUCAUAUGGCUGGGGGGGAGGGGGCACAUGACUGAGAUUUAGGCAAACAUGUCAUCUUAGACUAAUAGCCAGUUGGGAUUUUUUUCCUCAAUUUUUACAGUGUUUAUCAUAUUAUUCCAAUACAUUAAAAAGUUUUAAUCCAAUACAUAAAAAAUGUUUGAGCGGAGUGCACAAAGUUUGAAGACCACUGCUCUAAAGAAAUGAAGCCUUUUACUUUAUCUUACCAACUUUGUGUUUUUAGAAGUAAAUAGAUUUCAAUCUUGGCGUUUGCAACUUGUUCCAAAAAAGCUGAGACAGGCAACAACUUUUGAACAUUCCAAAAUCCUCCUAGAACUGGUAUAAUGCUCAAGUUAUAAAAGCUUCCAUGAAAGAAUGCAGGGAUGGAAGAUUACCGACAUUCCGCAAUAGAUUUCAAUCGUAUCAUUCACUCAGAUUUCUCCAUAUUCUCAGAAUAUUUUAAUACUACUACUUACUGCAGAAGGUGAAUUUUGAAAAUUCCUUUCAAUUGCGCUUUGAGAAAUGUUAAGAUGUUGUAUUAUUCAAUUACAUUGUGGUCCUUCAAAGAGGAUUUAUAGUUACGGUUUUAUUUGCAUUGUAUACCAUACCAUUUUUUAAAAACUGGAGUUACUAAGAAAACUACACCAAGAUGUGUCAAAAUAAACUAAUAUGGAUAAGGAAACAUCAUAAAAAUUGCUUAAUUUUGUAGUUUUUUUUAUUCAAAGAAUGUCAUGCUUCAGAUAUACUAAAGAUCUGAGUAUUAAAAACUGUACUACUGCAUAA